AAGACAGAAAAACUGUUGGGUUAGUGUUCAGAUGGAAUACUGCACCACAGUCAGUGUGUGAAUUUGUCUAUAAUUGAUACGUAAUAAAGACGAUCCGAACGAAGCGUAAAGUUUGUAUCUGUGCUCCUGAAUUAAUUUCCAGAAACCUUUCGUUCCCAAUUAUACAUUCGCGGUGAAGCUAAAAUGCAAAUUAUAUUUUUUCUACUGAUUUGUGGAGCUUUAAUUGGCCAUCACGUUGGCUAUUCGGAACAAGCCACUCCCGUACAAAUCGUACGUCUAGAAAAUCAUUCAAUUAGCGUCGACUCGAAAAUACUCAAUCAAAUACUCGGCAAUGAGCACAUAAAAGACCGGAAUGUGAUGAUUUUUUCCAUUGCUGGACCGUACCGAAAGGGCAAAAGUUUCUUCUUGAAUUUUCCACUGAAAUAUUUGUACGCUAAGUAUGUAAAGCAUGACAUUUCGGAUUGGAUUGGCGAGGAUGCUGUUGAUGGUAACGAACUGCAUGGAUUCAAAUGGCGUGGUGGUCAAACGCCACAAACUACGGGAAUUUGGAUGUGGUCCGAAAUCUUCACUCAUGACUUUGACGGUGGGGAUCGUGUGGCAAUUAUAUUAUUGGACACACAAGGAAUAUUCGAUCAUGAUAGCAGUACGAUGGAUUGUACAAAAACAUUUGCCAUUAGCACAUUGCUGUCGUCCGUUCAAUGCUACAAUGUCAUGCAAAAUAUUCAGGAAAAUAAUCUUCAAGAUUUGGACUACUUUACUGCAUAUGGACGACUGGCAAACGAGCAGACAAAUGAGAGGCCAUUCCAGAAACUACUAUUCCUCGUACGAGACUGGCCGUAUUCCGACGAAAUGGACUAUGGAUACGCACCAAAAUAUGUUCAAAGAAUACUCACAAGCAACGAUAAGCAAUCGCCGGCAAUGCAUGAACUCAGAGAUCGUAUUAAGAUAAGCUUCGAAAAAGUUGAGGCCUUCUUAAUGCCAUAUCCAGGCACUGCUGUCGCCGAAGGGAGGAACACUAACGGUGAUUUGCGGCAAAUUGACUCCAAGUUCAUUCAGUCUGUGAAAGAAAUAGUUCCGUCGAUCUUUGCGCCCGAAAAUCUUGUAGUGAAGCGGAUUAACGGACAGAAAAUACGUGCCUCCGAUCUCAUCGCAUAUUUAGAAGAGUACACGAAAAUAUUCAAUGGAAACACAUUACCAGAACCUAGGACUGCUCUAUGGGCUACGGCUGAGACUACCCUCUUAAUAUUGCAUAGGGACUGUCUCAACAUUUAUAUGGAUAUGAUGCAAGAGGUAAUGGCAAGUCGUCACUUCGACUACGAAAUUGCAGCUUUGGAGGAGGAACAUGAAGCUGCUCGAAAGGAAUCGUUGUCACAGUUCCAGAAAAAACCGAAGCUACACUUCCCUGACUUGGUAUCUUCUUAUAAAAAUCAACUUGAGAUGCACAUCGCCAUGAAGUACAAAUUUUUCCUGGAACUGAAUGCCAAUCGGAAAGCUGAUCGACUUCGUAUCGAGGAAGAGCAACGUAAAUCUGAGGAACUGCGACAAUACAUAUUGGAUGCAACCCAUCAAGAAGGUUGGGCAGAUAUCAAAAAUAUCGCGGUGACCGGAUUCUACGGAAUGUGCAUUUACGUUGGAUGGCAUUUUGUAUACGUUCCAUACGGUCUAAUUGUUUGUGCUGUCCUUGGAGUAUCAGCAAGGAUUUUCGGACUUUUAUGGGGUUAGUAGUUAGGCCAAAACGUCGCUCGUUCGUAGACAUUAUUUAUCUUUUUUUACUCAAUAAACGUUCAAUUGAAGAUCAACCCUGA